GCACAUGUGUGCUGCGAAACAACGAUAAUUAUCGUAACUGGUAGGGAAUUCACGCCAUUCGACUGACGCAGGCCGUCCAGUGAACAGAUCACCGCCGGCCGCACGGGCGUAUUAUUACAUAUAUAACCGCGCGAAAUUUUCAUACAAAAUUACAACUAUUGUAGGAGACAAUUGUGCGAUUGUGUCGAGCCAUAUAUUAACACACAUUAACUCACACAAGAGCGUAACUCACACCUGCAGUAUAAUGUUGAGAAUAUUUCGUUUCCAUGACGUUUGGUUCAAAUGCCAUCCGACACGAACGUUUAUGCAGAAAAUGAACUGGGAAAGGGAUGCAAAUUUGAAACAAAUGAUGAGUAGUAUGGAGCGCAUCAGGCCAUCCGGACAGCCGCCCAAAGUUUGGGAAGUACUUGAAAAAAUAGGUAAGGACGGGAAACGGAAAAAAUUCACGAUUCAAGAAAUUCCUGAGGACAGAUACGAGGAAGCUGUUCAACAUAUGUGCACACACUUCUUGGCUGACGAACCGACCUGCGCGUGUUCGAACGCCGCAAAUGAUCCCGCAUUCGUAAAGGACACCGGUACAAUAUGGCAUCUCUUGAUGUCGCAAGGUAUAUCUGUAGGAGCGUUCACCGACAAUCCCGACGGCGGAAAACCUAUACUCGCGGGCAUGAACGCACUUGGAGUUAGUUACAAAGAGAAAAAAGACGCCAUCUCAAACUUCAAGUUUUCAUCGGAAAAAUGCCAAAAUACAUUCAAAGUCAUGGACAUAACUAAAAUAGUGUACGAUCGUUACGGAAUAGACAAGUAUCUGUACGCUGUUGGACUCAGCGUAACACCGGAGUUUCGAGGAUACGGAUUAGGCACGGAUAUUCUAAAAAUCAGGAACCACGUCGGUCGCGAAUACAAUCUACCGGCAACGUCUACGGUGUUCACGUCGAUAUUCUCGCAAAAAUCAGCGGCGAACGCGGGAUUCGAGGUAUUCCUGGAGAAAAAGUUCACCGACAUUGUCGACAAAAACGGAAAAGAAUAUUUUCCUGGUAUUAAAUCUGACAUAAUGAAAGUUAUGGGAAAAAGAUUGCCUUAAAUCCACGCACAAAAUAAUACAUGGUAAAAAAUGUUAAUAUAAAACAUUUCGACAAUAAAAGAAAAUAUUUUUAAUAAUAUUGAGAUCGACGACGAAAUAGUUCCAACUUUUCAAACUCAUAUUGUAAAUUUACGCGCUUACGUGAAAUAAUGUAACGUGACGUGUUUUACCAUUAUGAACGUGCGUGACAAGUAUUAUUUGUUAUUAUUUGUAUCGCCUCUAGCGUUUAGAAUUAUAUUUUUCUGUAACGCAACGCUUUCAAACGGUUUAACUGUUGCAGCUUUACUCUCAGUAAGUCGCAUAAUUUACCAUUUCGAUAUUACUUGUGUAUGUGUGUGUGUUUUAUAGUUUUCACAAAUGUUUCUACUCAAUAAAGCAUCAUCAGUAUGACCAGCAA